UGGGUGGUUAGAUACAGAUUUUUGGAAACUGAUAAUGGAAUUUGAGGGACAAGGAGACGACUAAACGUGGUACAGUUCGAACCUACGAUUUCUGACGCUUCUAUCUAGAUUUUCUGCAAGAAAAAAAACAGACUGGUUUUGGGUCAGAUCUGCUAGCUAUGACCAUGGCGAGGACGCAUUUUAUCUGCUUUUCGCUGAUUUAUCUCUGGGCUUCUUCUGCUGUAUGUACGUCAGUUUUUUACAGCAGUUCUCAGGCUCACAUGCUCCUGCGCUCCAGAAGAGCCAAUUCCAUUCUGGAGGAACUCAAGGCUCCGUCGUUGGAGCGAGAGUGUAUGGAGGAGCGGUGUGACUUCGAAGAGGCAAAGGAGAUCUACAAGACCAAGGAGGCUACGUUAUGGUUCUGGACCAUUUAUGAAGACAGCAAAAAUAAGAACUGCACAGUGGACAACGGGGGCUGCGAUCACAACUGCCACCUGAGGAAAGACAAAACCGGACGCUACUGCAGCUGUAUUAACGGAUACUCGCUCCAUGACGAUUUCAAACAGUGCCUUCCAAAAAAUCAGCAGUCUUGUGGACAGAUUCUGAUCGCUAAGUCGUCCUACAAAACAAAGCCCACUGAAGGUCUGCAACCUUGGCUGGUCGGUGGUGAGAUUGGAAAAAGGGGAGAGAGUCCAUGGCAGGCUCUUAUCUUGAAUUCCAGAGGAAAAUUUCACUGCGGCGGCGUCCUGAUCGACGAACUCUGGGUUCUCACUGCUGCUCACUGUCUCGAGGGAUUCAACCGCUUCGCCGUCAGACUGGGUGACUACAGACGUUUUGAGUUCGAAGGAUCCGAGGUCACCCUCCGUGUGGUGAAAACCGUCCCCCAUCCAAAAUACAAUAACGUGAAGGCGGAUAACGACAUCGCUCUGCUGAAAUUGGAGUCUCCUGUAACGUUCGGCAUUUACAUCGUCCCCGCGUGUCUGCCGAGUCAAGACCUGGCCGAGCGCGUGCUCCACCUCAACGGCACCAUGGCGGUGGUGACAGGCUGGGGCACGGAUAAAGAAGGGACGGCACCGUACAGCUCGGAUCUCAAACAUAUCAACGUGCCGCUGAUUGAGCAAUCCGAGUGCGCGAACCACAUGGUCAACAACCUGACGACGAACGUUCUGUGUGCCGGCAGCAUUGGGAGCAUCAAGGACGCGUGCAGCGGCGACAGCGGCGGCCCCAUGAUGACGCUCUACCGCAACACCUGGUUUCUCAUUGGCCUCGUAUCCUGGGGAGAGGGCUGUGGCCAUGUGGACAAACUGGGCAUCUAUACGAAAGUCUCUAAUUAUCUGGAGUGGAUCAAUAGCGUGAAGAAGGAGCCGUGA